AUGCCAAAUAUGGAUGAACCUGUAGAUGGCGCUAACGGCGAAAAUGGUCUUUUCUGGCAUCCUUCUUCAUUCAAUCCUGUCAAUUUCUAUCGCUCUUUUGCUAGAACCCAACAUUAUGAUUCUAUUUCGCGGCCCAAUUAUCAAGUCAUUACCGGACAAAAAGUUAACAAGAUUUUAUUUGCAUCCAACACUACUCGUGCAACUGGCGUACAAUUCACAUCCAGAAAUCCAGGGUCGAAGCCACUGGCUGUAAAAGCGAGCAAGGAAAUAAUUAUUAGUGCGGGUACCAUACAUACGCCACAAGUCUUGCAGAUGAGUGGUAUUGGACCAAGGGACUUAUUGGAGAAGGCGGGAAUUGAAGUGAAAGUGGAACUACCGGGUGUCGGCGCUAAUUUUCAAGAUCAUGCUUGGCUUAAUGUUGGGUAUAUCUGGAGCAAUGGUACUCCUGCUGUACCAAGCGAUAUUCGCGGGCAAGGCGAUCCUAAGACUGGAUACGCCCCAAAUCUUGGAGCCUGGAUAGGAAUGCCAACAGUCUCACCUGAUGGUUACGAGGAUUUAGCAGCACGAUAUGAAGCACAAGAUCCUGCAGCAUAUAUGCCGCCUAACACACAUCCAGAUGUAAUAGCAGGCUACGCAGCCUUCCAAAAGUUCCACGCCAAUCUCAUGCGCAAGAAAAAUGCAAACUUCCUGUGGCUUCCUCUAAAAGGCGAUGCGUCUUCCUCUCUCCUUUCCAUGCACGUCCUCUCUCACGGAAGCAUUAACAUCAACCCUCUAUCUCCAAGUUCCGAGCCCAUCGUCGACUACCGCGCCCUCACCAACCCAAUAGACAUCGACAUCAUGGUAGAAAACAUCGAGUUUCUCCGCCGCUACAUGUCGCUCCCGGAUUUCGCGACUUCGAAACCCGUGGAAACCAAUCCAGGGGCCAACAUAAAGGGUGAAGCGCUCCGAGAGUGGAUCAGGCGGAAUUGGAUACCGACGACUUUCCAUCCUACGGGUACGGCUGCGAAGAUUCCAAGGGAUAGGGGUGGGGUUGUUGAUGAGGAUUUGCUGGUGUAUGGGACGGAAGGGUUGAGUGUUGCGGAUGCGAGUAUAAUGCCACUUCCACCGGGGGCGAAUACGCAGAGUACGGUUUAUAUGAUUGCUGAGAAGGCUGCUGAUAUGCUCAAAGCUCGGCAGUGA